UUGGGCAGAUACAUUUCAUCGGAGAUCGGGUACCUCAAAGAGGUCCCUUCAUGAGAAGAAGCGACCUGCUGGUCUAGGGGGGUGGGAAAGAGUAAACUUUAUACAGUGGACAAUGUUCUUUUAAGGGUUAAAGGUGGCCGUGGGAGUCUUUUCAUCAAUUGGCUCUUUGUAAUUCAUCCAAGAUUCAGAUGUCCUUUUUUUCCCGGCGAUCCAGCCCCAAAGACGUGGGGGCUCCACCCUCCACUAUGCUGACGGAAUAAUGAUAGGUGUCAAAUCCCGCAUUUGAACUUGCUGCAAUUUAGAAUUGUACUUCUUUCUCCCCUCCGGCUGAGAGCAGCCACUGGUGCCCACGAUUACACACUCUGUUCCGGCUCGAGGCUCCAGAGAGUGACCGGGCAAGUCGAGUCCAGGCUCGGAACAACAUUUGCUCAAGCACCCGUUUCAGCGGCACCUCCUAACAUUUUCAAGCCUGGGACCGUACAACGCGUUUUAAAGGACUUUCUUGAGCAUCCGACCUGCGAGAGGCAUCUUUCCUAAUCCGGUUGGAAACGCCAAACGUUUGAUGAAGAAACUACUGGUGGAUUCCCCGACAAGAGAAAGAAGCCAGAUUCGGGACAGCCGUGUAAUUUUCUUGUAGGCAGUGACUGGGGAAGAAAACAGUUAGAAGUCCCAACAUUGGUUUCGGAUCUGAUUUCAGGUCAAAAUGAUAUUACAUUUAAUGCGUACCCUGUGGAUAUGUUCCACAUUGACAAUAGUAUCAUCAGUAGGGUCAGCACACGAUAGUGGGAAGAUGAUGAGAAUGAAGAUUAAGAGGAGUUCCCAUGUGAAAGGCUCCCUUUCUAGCUUUGUAUCUCUUCCGUGUCACUAUUCAAUGCUGGCCACACCUUCGCCUUCCAACCAUUCUUUCCAGGAGUUUCCUCGGAUUAAGUGGACAAAAAUUGAGGAAGGAAAAGAUGGAAGGAUCAAGAAAGAAACCUUAAUUCUGGUGGCACAGAACGGUGUGAUAAAAAUUGCUGCUGAUUAUGAUGGUCGAGUCGCAGUGCCCAAGCAUCCUGAGAGUCUGAGUGAUGCAACACUAACCAUUUGCCGACUACGAGCAAGUGAUACUGGUCUUUACCGCUGUGAGGUAAUGAUUGGCAUUGAAGAUGAGCAAGACACUGUCUCUUUAGAUGUUACUGGUGUUAUAUUCCACUAUCGGGCAGCAGCAAGCAGAUACGCAUUGAACUUCGAGAUGGCCAAACAAGUAUGUCAGGACAACAGUGCCACCAUUGCAACCCCAGAACAGCUGCAAGCCUCGUAUGAAGAUGGGUUUGAUCAUUGUGAUGCUGGCUGGCUUUCUGAUCGAAGUGUCAGAUACCCAAUCACCAAACCAAGACCUGGCUGCUAUGCAGAUAAACGGGGACAACCAGGUGUCAGGACAUAUGGAGUACGAGACCCGAACGAGACGUAUGAUGUCUACUGUUAUGUGGGAGACAUAAGUGGGUUUGUGUUCCAUGUGUCAGCACCUGGAAAAUUGACCUUUAUUCAGGCGCAGCUGGAGUGCAAGCGCAGGAACGCACAGUUAGCAACCACUGGACAGUUACAUGCUGCAUGGAAGCAAGGUCUGGAUCGCUGUGACCACGGCUGGCUUGCAGAUGGUAGUGUACGUUAUCCAGUUGUCUAUGCCAGGAGCCAGUGUGGAGGGGGUCUUGUCGGAGUGAGGACCAAGUAUCGAUUUAACAACAGGACUGGAUUUCCAGAUCCGAACACAAAGUUUGAUGCCUAUUGUUUCCGAGGGAGGCCUUUAAAGAAAACAACACCACAAAUAGCCUUGGGCCCGAAGAAAGUGCAUCAAGCUGCGACUAAUUUGAUUGUUGAGAAGGUAUCACCACCUGCAAUGUUAGUUGUUGAAGAGUAUAAUCAAAGCAUGAGCCUUGCUUCAAAGCCUUUUCAAGAAGGGCAGAUUAGUACUCAUUUAGCCCCUGAAGCUAUUUCAGGAGAAGUAGUGACUACUGGAAUUCAUCUAGUCAAAAUUGAUAUUGAGAAACCUGGGGAGAAAGUAACCAUACAAAGCCACAGCGUGUUUUCAGAAAUUAAAGAAAGGCCAAGUGAUGAAGUCACUGUAAAAACAACAAUAGAAAAAAGUACCAGCAGUGAAAUGCUCACACCUGUAAUCAGCACAAAAAUUCCAGAUGGAGAAAGUGUUACUGUGCAUCCUGAAGACAUUAGCAGGGAGGUAAUAAGAGAGACAACCGCUUUGGCUGCAUCAUUUGAACCAUCAAUCAAACAAGAAUUUCAAAUUACAAGUGAUCCUGCUCAAAAGGGAGAAAAAGCCCAAUCUAGCAUACAAACCACAUUGUUAACAGGGAUGGAUAUUGUAACAGCAGAUGACAAUAAGCUGAAACUGCCCACGAGUGCCAGCACUGUGAAAUUAGAAAGUUCAGAUAAAGACACCCAGACCAUUAGACAACAAGAGAUCAAGGAACCUGCAAGUGGCACAACAGUACCAAGAUCACCAGAUAUUGUGAAAACAGCAGUAGAGAAUGCAAGUGAGAGUGUUAAACUGGUGAGAGGAGAUGAGCACAAAACAAUGUCAUCCUUUGAAACUUCAUCAAUGUCAACCACAGGUAAACUGCAGCUAACUGAAAAGGCUCACAUCACUGAUACUUCAGUCACUUUUUCAGAGGCAGAGAGAGAAAAACUGAAACCCAGAAAGGUAACUAAGAAGAUAACAGAAACUCUUCCUGCUGCAGAGACUGGCACUAGUGAACCAGCUUCAACAUGGCAGGAUGGAAUGAAGACUGAAGAUUAUGAGAAAAAAGAAGAUAAAGGUGAUGAGAAGAUCAUUAUGUCAUCAGUAAUGCCAGUUCCAAUAAUAUAUGAAACUGUAUCUGCAGAACAUGAUAUUCAAAAAGAGUUGACGCCCAAGGUGUCAGAUGAUGUUAGUUUUGGACCAGUUACCACUGCAGCACGAGUUAACAUAACCUCAACAGUACCUAAAACAGUAUCGACAAUCACUGCUCCUCUUUUUGAAAUUAGACCUGCUACAGGUGUUUUCACGUCUGAUCAUGAAAUAAAAACUUCAGUGAAACCUAAGCGUUUAGAAAUGAGUGCAACUCCAAUUAUUAUUGAAAACGAGCCUGGUGAGACUACAGCUGAAGAAGUUGUAGUUAUUGAUGAAUCAGUUAUACAGCCUCCUGAUAUCUUGGAGGUUGAUAUGACUGGUAAAGCUUCACAACCUGAAAUCGAUCAUGAAUACUUCACCACACCAGCAUCUAGAACUAGACUGGUACCGGCAACUUCUAAACCUUCUGUUGAACAGAAAAUAGCUACGCAAAAUGUUGUCGAAGGUUCAACAUUUCCCACUGUUUCAUCAUCAACCACAGCUUUUCCAAGUCCAGUAGAUACUGCAGAGCAGCAACAGCAGCUCGUAACUACUGAAGAAAAGUUAAUUGUUAAUACAACAGUGCAGAAGAUAAUGCCAACUGAUAAAGGACAUGAACCCAAAGAACUUGAAACUGGAAAAAUUAUUUCUUCUGAAUCAAUUUCAUUACCACAUCAUCAAUCAACUAAAGAUGUCUCACCUCAAAUGGAUUCCAAGAUCACUAUAUUACACAUUCACAUCCAUGAGUUGGAUGAUGAUGGGAAAGAAGGCAGUGGUAACUUGGUUCAACAUUCAUUUGUACCACAAGCACCAACAGCAGGGACAGAAGAGGAAGUGCCUCCAUCUCUCAGCUUUGUAAGUGGCAAGAGCCGAAUGGAAUUUGAUCCCCCAUGUGAGACACCGAAUGGGGAGGAAGCAAAGGGUGGCCAAGUGGAAAGUGUAUCACCUACUAUAAGAGCAAUACCAGAAAUGGAUAUUACACAAAAACACGAGGAUAGCGAGACUCAUUUAAUAACUGGAAUUACUGUAGCACAGAAACAAGAAACCUCUACUGAGAGGAUGGAAAUAGUUUCUACUGAUAAAGAACCUGAAAUUCUAGGCAGUACAAAAGAAGUAACUAAAGUUUAUUCUGGGGCAGAAGGUGACAAAGACUGGAUCAUCUCUUCAGUCACACAGGAUUAUGUCCAUUCAACUAGAGGGACUCAGGAGAAAGAUGAUGAGCUUUCUGUAAUAGAUCCAUUGAAAGACAAAUAUCAUUUGGCUGUUACAACUGCAUCAAAGGAAACUGUUUCACAAACAGCUGAAGCAGAGGUCACAACAAUAGUUACAAAAACAGAGCACUUACCAACAGAAGGGUCAAACAUCUCGGCCUUAGUAGAAACCAUUGUUCCAAUACAUAAAGCAGAAAAGAGAUUGGAGUCUACUGAGGCUGAAGAUAGCAAAUCACUGGAAAUAUUCAGUACUGAAAAAGAGAUUAGGAGUUCGAGUGAAGAACAUGAAACUAUUAGUGGUCUAGUUCCUGAUGCUGUCAAAAAAGCAACAAUGGAAACAGUUAUUUUGAGGAAACCAGAAACAGGUUCUGAUGUUUCAGAGAAAAGACCAAAACUAGAAACUGCAACCCCAACGGAAAUGUACGCACGUACUUUGUCUAUAUCUACUCCAAACACAGUCACUGAGGAUAUCAGUAGUGAAAGAAUUCGUUCUGGGUUGGACGCUACGGUAACUAUAUCCAGUACGAUUGGAUUAUUCAGAACUGAGGGACGCCAGACUGAUGUUGUUGCAGCUGGAACUGACAGAGAGGUAGGAGUACUCACACUGGCAACAGUGAAACCAACCACUAGGAUGGAAAAACUGACAGAGAAAAUACAUACUGAACUUGCCGAAAAACCGAGAGAAACAGAACCACAAUUCACUCCAUCUUCAGAGGUUAAGAGCCCUGGUGUAGGAACAUUAACCAGUAAAGAACCAGCCAGGUCAGUUCCAGACCUUUCUACUUUAGAAAUGAGUAGCCACAUACUUACAGUGACGAGCAAAACCUUACUGGAUGGGGAAACACAUCUGACAGCCAUUACAGCUACACAUGAUGAAGAGGCUGGAAUAUCCACAUCUGAAUCACUGGAGACACAAGCAUUUGCAACAGUACAUACAGAGCGAGCAGACAAAUCUCCAGCAACAUCUCUGGUUGAUCAGGAAGAACGUGUUGAUGUAUUAGUUUCAGUCCCAACACAAGCAGGGAAAAUCACACCAGCAAUUGAAGAAAAGUCUCAAGAAACCACAACCAAAACUACAAAAGUGAUGAAGGAAAUUGAACAACAGCCAGGAAAGGACAUUCAGCCUGUCGAUAAAUCUCCAGCAACUGAGGAAAUCACAACUGCUCAGGAUUUGCAGAAAUUAACACAGUUUGUGGAUAUGGAGAGUUCAGGUGAAGAAAUAUUUACCGUCAAAGAAACAGACAGGCAAGUUGCUGAUGUGGUUAUAAUGACCAGCCAUGUGGUUCCAGUGACAAGUAAAGUGCCUUUAAGAGAAUCUCAUCACACUGUUAUGACAACUCCACAUGACAGAAUGGUGGAAACAUCUACACAUGGAUUAUUGAAGACAAAAUUGGAAAUGGGACCAUUACUGGUGACAGCACCUACAGAACAGGAAGGAAGAUCUUCAGCUACAAUUAAGGCUGAAGAGAAGGUAACUGUUGACACAUUGGAUUCAACAAUAAAAGCAAUAGAUCUUCAAUUUCCUCAAAUUACUGUGACACCAGGAAUUGAAGAAAAGACUCAGGAAUCCACAUCAGAAGCAAUAAAACUGAUCACAGAGAUCAAAGAGAUGCCAGGACCCAUCAUGGAAACUUCUGAACAAUCGCCAGGAUUUGAUGAAACCACAGGAACAGAGAAAGAUUCACAGAAACAAAUUCCAUUCACAGAUGGUGAGAGUUCUGGUGAUGGGUUAUUUGCUAUCGAAGAAACGGUAAAAAUUAUUCCAGAUCUUUCCACUGCAGAAACAACUACACAUGUAGGUCCAGUGACAGAGACAACUUCACUAGAGAUAGAAUCUCUUCAUACAGCUGUUACAGCCAGACGUGACAGAGAGGCUGGUCUGACUACAUCUGGGCUUUCAGAGACAAUGUCAGACGUGGUUAAAUUGACAGUCAAAGUGACCACGGAACAAGCAAACAAAUCUCCAGCAACACCUCUGGUUGAGGAGGAGAAAACUGCUGAUGCACUGGUUUCAGCCAUAACAAAAGAAUCGGAAAUGCCAGUUCCCCAUAUCAUUGUAACACCAGCAAUCAAAGCGAUGUCUCAAGAAACCACAACCGAAGCUACAAAAGUGAUGAAGGAAACUAAACACCAGCCAGAAAAGGACAUGGAGCCUGUCGAUAAGUUUCCGGAAACUGAGGAAAUCACAUCAACCGCUCAGGAUCUGCAGAAGUUAACACAGUUUGUGGAUGUGGAGAGCUCAGGUGAAGAAAUAUUUACCGUAAAAGAAACAGACAGGCAAGUUGCUGAUAUUUCGACAUUGAUCAGCCAUGUGGUUCCAGUGACAAGGAAAACACCUUUAGAGGGAGUAUCUCUAUACACUGUUAUGACAACAUCACGUGAUAGAAUGGCAGAAACAUCCACAUCUGGAUCACUGGAGACAAAAUCAGAAAUGGGAAUGCUGUUGGUGACAGUGCCUAUUGAACAGGCAGACAAAUCUUCAGCUACAAUGAAGGUUGAAGAGAAGGUAACUGUUGAUAAAUUAGAAUCAGUCACAACAAAAGCAGUAGAUUUUCAAUUUCCUCAAGUCAUUGCUACACCAGGAAUUGAAGAUAAGUUUCAGGAAUCUACAUCAGAACCAAUAAAAUUGAUCACAGAGAUCAAAGAGAUGCCAGAACCAAUCAAGGAAACUUCCGAACAAUCACCAGGAUUUGAUGAAACCACAGGAACAGAGAAAGAUUCACAGAAACAAAUUCCAUUCACAGAUAGUGAGAGUUCUGGUGAUGGGUUAUUUACCAUCAAAGAAACGGUCAAAAUUAUUCCAGAUCUUUCUACUGCAGAAACAAGCACACGUGUAGCUCCAGUGACAAAAGCGAUCUCACGAGAGAAAGAAUUUCUUCAUACCGCUGCAAUUGACAGAGAGGCUGGACUGACCACACCAGGGGUCCCAGAAACAAUGUCAGAAAUGGUAGAUCUGACAGUAAACGUGCCCACAGAACGAGCAGACAGACCUCCAGCAACAUCUCUGGUUGAUGAGGAGAAAACUGCUGAUGCAUUAGUUUCAGUCACAGCAAAAGAAUUGGAUGUGCCAGCUCCACAUGUCCCUGUUACACCAGCAAUUGAAGAAAUCCCGCUACAAUCCACACCUGAAGCUCCAGAUAUAAUCCGCAAGACUGAGGUGCUGUCAGGAAAGGUAAUUACUGAGCCUACUGAAAAAUCUGCAGAAAUUGAUGAAGUCACAGAAAUUGCUACAGAUUUUCGAAAACAAACUCCAUUCAAAGACAUAGAGGCUUCUGGUGAAGGGUUUUUGACCAUGAAACUACCUGUGAAACUUGUUCCAGAAAUGAGCAGCCACAUAGUUUCAGUGACAAGCAAAACCUCACUGGAUGUGGAAGCUGUGCAUACAGCUGUUACAGGUCGAUAUGAUACAGAUGUUGGAACAUAUACACCUGGUUUACCGAGGACAAUAUCAGAAGCAGAAACACGCUUUGCAAAGGUGCGUUCAGAACCAACCAAGGAAUGGUCUCAAGAACCUGUGGAAGACGGAAUAUAUGUGACCACAGUGACAGGAAAACUGCCAGGGGAAAAGUUAAUGGAACCUUCAGAGAAAUACACAGUGAUUGACAAGACCACAAAAAUAGAUAAGGAUUUGGACUUGCUGAAACAAACACUGGCUGCUGACAUAGAGAGUUCAGGUGAAGAAAUGUUUACCUUGAAAGAACCAGAUAGUCCAGUUGCAAAUGUUUCUACUUUGACCAGCCAAGUGGUUCCAGUGACGAGCAGAAUGUCUUUAGAUGCAGAAAUUCUCCACACUAAUAUUACAGCAGCACAUGAUGCAGAUAUUGAACAGACUACAUCUUCGUUACUUAGAAUGCAAUCAGAGAUGGUAGAUAUACAUACACAACCAGCUGGCAAAUCUUCAACAGCACCUCUGGUUGAUGAGGUCCAAGCUAUAGACACUGUUACAUCAAUCUCAACAGAUGUGGACGUGGGCUCUCCCCAUGCCAUUGUUACAGCAGGAAUCGAAGAAAAGUCUCAAGUAUUCACAGUAAAAGUGAUCACAGACAUCAAAGAGCUUUCAGGAACAAUAAUGGAAACAUCUGAACAAACUCCAGCAAUUGCUGAAACCACAGGAACAGUGAAAGUCACACAGAAACAAAUUCUGUUCGCAGAUAGCGAGAGUUCUGGUGAUGGCUUAUUUACCAUCAAAGAAACAGUCAAAAUGGUUCCAGAUCUUUCAACUGCAGAAACGAGCAGUCAUGUAGCUGCAAUGACAAGGACGAUCUCACGAGAGACAGAAUCUCUUCCUACAGCUGUUACAGCUCGACAUGACAAAGAAGCUGGACUUACCACAACGGGAUUCCCAGAGACAAAAUCAGAUAUGGAAAAAAUGACAGUAAAAGCGGCUACAGAACGAGCAGACAGACCUCCAGCCACACCUCUGGUUGAUGAGGAGAAAACUGCUGAUGCAAUAGUUUCAGUCACGCCAAGAGAAUUAGAGACAACAUUUCACAGUAUCACUGGUGCAGGAGCAAUUGAAGAAAUGUCCCAAGAAACCAUAACUGAAGCUAUAAAAGUGGUGAAGGACAUUGAACUGCAGCGAGAAAAGGACAUGGAGCCUAUACAUGAAUUUCCAGCAACUGGGGAAAUCACAUCAACCGUUCAGGAUCUGCAGAAGUUAACACAAUUUGUGGAUGUAGAGUUUUCAGGUGAAGAAAUAUUUACCAUCAAAGAAACAGACAGGCAAGUUUCUGAUGUUUCCAUGUUGACCAGCCAUGUGGUUCCAGUGACAAGGAAAACACCUUUAGAAGGUGAGUCUCUUCACACUGUUAGGACAACUCCACACAAUAAAACAGCAGAAGCAUCCAAAUCUGGAUCAGUGGAGACAAAAUUGGAAAUGAGAACAUUAUUAGUAACAGUGCCUACAGAACGGGCAGAUAAAUCAAGUCCAUUCACAGAUAGUGAGAGUUCUGGUGAUGGGUUAUUUACCAUCAAAGAAACCGUCAAAAUUAUUCCAGAUCUUUCUACUGCAGAAGCAAGCACGCGUGCAGCUCCAGUGACAAAGACAGUCUCACUGGAGAUGGUAGCACUUCAUACCACUGCACAUGACAGAGAGGCUGGACUGCCCACAACAGGGGUCCCAGAGACAAAAUCAGAAAUGGAAAAAAUGACAGUAAAAGUGGCUACAGAACGAGCAGACAGACCUCCAGCCACACCUCUGGUUGAUGAGGAGAAAACUGCUGAUGCAUUAGUUUCUGUCACGCCAAGAGAAUUGGAGACAACAUUUCACAGUAUCACUGGUGCAGGAGCAUUUGAAGAAAUGUCGCAAGAAACCAUAACUGAAGCUUUAAAAGUGGUGAAGGACAUUGAACUGCAGCGAGAAAAGGACAUGGAGCCUAUACAUGAAUUUCCAGCAACUGGGGAAAUCACAUCAACCGUUCAGGAUCUGCAGAAGUUAACACAAUUUGUGGAUGUAGAGUUUUCAGGUGAAGAAAUAUUUACCAUCAAAGAAACAGACAGGCAAGUUUCUGAUGUUUCCAUGUUGACCAGCCAUGUGGUUCCAGUGACAAGGAAAACACCUUUAGAAGGUGAGUCUCUUCACACUGUUAGGACAACUCCACACGAUAGAACAGCAGAAACAUCCACAUCUGGAUCAGUGGAGACAAAAUUGGAAAUGAGAACAUUAUUAGUAACAGUGCCUACAGAACGGGCAGAUAAACCAAGUCCAUUCACAGAUAGUGAGAGUUCUGGUGAUGGGUUAUUUACCAUCAAAGAAACCGUCAAAAUUAUUCCAGAUCUUUCUACUGCAGAAACAAGCACACGUGUAGCUCCAGUGACAAAGUCGAUCUCACUAGAGAUGGUAUCUCUUCAUACCACUGUACAUGAGAGAGAGGCUGGACUGCCCACAACAGGGGUCCCAGAAACAAUGUCAGAAAUGGUAGAUCUGACAGUAAACGUGUCCACAGAACGAGCAGACAGACCUCCAGCAACAUCUCUGGUUGAUGAGGAGAAAACUGCUGAUGCAUUAGUUUCAGUCACAGCAAAAGAAUUGGAUGUGCCAGCUCCACAUGUCCCUGUUACACCAGCAAUCGAAGAAAUCCCGCUACAAUCCACACCUGAAGCUCCAGAUAUAAUCCGCAAGACUGAAGUGCUGUCAGGAAAGGUAAUUACUGAGCCUACUGAAAAAUCUGCAGAAAUUGAUGAAGUCACAGAAAUUGCUACAGAUUUUCAAAAACAAACUCCAUUCAAAGACAUAGAGGCUUCUGGUGAAGGGUUUUUGACCAUGAAACUACCUGUGAAACCUGUUCCAGAAAUGAGCAGCCACAUAGUUUCAGUGACAAGCAAAACCUCACUGGAUGUGGAAGCUGUGCAUACAGCUGUUACAGGUCUAUAUGAUACAGAUGUUGGAACAUAUACACCUGGUUUACCGAGGACAACAUCAGAAGCAGAAACGCGCUUUGCAAAGGUGCAUUCAGAACCAACCAAGGAAUGGUCUCAAGAACCUGUGGAAGACGGAAUGUAUGUGACCACAGUGACAGGAAAACUGCCAGGAGAAAAGUUGAUGGAACCUUCAGAGAAAUACACAGUGAUUGACAAGACCACAAAAAUAGAUAAGGAUUUAGACUUGCUGAAACAAACACUGGCUGCUGACAUAGAGAGUUCAGGUGAAGAAAUGUUUACCUUGAAAGAACCAGAUAGUCCAAUUGCAAAUGUUUCUACUUUGACCAGCCAAGUGGUUCCAGUGACGAGCAGAAUGUCUUUAGAUGCAGAAAUUCUCCACACUAAUAUUACAGCAGCACAUGAUGCAGAUAUUGAACUUUCCACUUCUUCUUUCCUGGAAAUAGAGGCCUCUGGUGAAGGAGUAUUUAGCAUCAAAGAUGCAGUUAGCCACUUUCCAGUUCCUACUGCCUCGGAGGUGAGUAGCCACAUAGUUCCAGUGACAAAUAAAAUCCCGCUAGAUUCACAUCCUCUUCAUACAGAGGUUACAGGUGGACUUGAUGGAGGAUCUGGACUGACCACAUCUGGAUCACCCAUGCCUAGAUCUGAAACAGAAAAGAUAUUUCUCAAAGUGCCUACGGAAGUGGCAGACAAAUCUCCCGCAACAGCUCAAGUUGCUGACAAGGAAUCCGUUGGUACAUUAUUGUUAGCCCCAACAAAAAGAAUGGAUGUGACCUUUCCCUAUGUCACUGUUAUGCCUGCAUUUGAAGAAAUGUCUCAACACGCCAGAACAGAAGCAACAAAGGUGAUCACCAUGACUGAGGAGCUGCCAGUGAAGGAUACUGAGCCUUCAGAUAAAUCUCCAGCUACUGAGAAAAGCAUAAAAACAGAGAAAGAUUUGCAGACACCAGUACCGUUUGUAGACUUAGAAGGUUCUGGUGAAGGCAUAUUUACCUUCAAACAAGUAGUUACAGAUGUUUCCACCCCAGAAACACACAGCCAUUCGGUCUCAGUGACGAGCAAAACAUCACUGGAAGAGGAAGCUCCUUAUACAGCUAUUACUGCUGGCCAUGAGGCAGAAGCAUCUGAUUUACCCAAGAUAGAGGCAGAGACACAAAAAUCAUUGAUAAAGAUAUUUACUGAAGCAGCAGACAAAUCUCCAGCAAUAACUUUGGUUGACAAAGUGCAAACUGUUGACACAUUGUUUUCAGUCUCAGCCAAAGCUCCCCAUGUCACUGUUACACCAGCAGUUGAACAAAAGUCUAAAGAAUUUACAUCAGAAUCAACAAAAUCAAUGACUGGAAUGUACAGCUUGCCUGGAAAAGUGAUUAUAAAGCCUUCAGGGACCUCUGUAGCAAUUGAAGAAACCACAGAAUUGACGGAAGUUUCCCACAAACAGCCUCCUCUUUCAGAUAAAGAAAGUUCUGGUGAAGAAGUUGAACAAGAACAUAUUUCGGCAUCAGUUCAUCCUGGUGUUGGAGAUGGCAGUGAAAGUGAAGAAGACUCAACUGAGAGAACAAGUGCCAUCACAAUACAAAGCAGUGAAGAAACUGUGGAACUUGGCUUACAUGCAACAAUUUCAUUACAUGAGCAGCAAAGCUCUGUUGAAGCUAUCCACAGUGAGGAAUCACAACAAGAAGGGGAGGUUCAGUCCGUUACGGGGGCUGUGCAUCAGGAAAAAACUGACAUGUCCACGCUGAAAGGACAAGAGAAAACUGAGGUUAUUGAUAAACCACAAUCAAAACCAUCUGUUGAAUACCCUAAGCCUUUACCAACUCCCAGAGAACCAUUCAUAUCCACUACUGAAGCAAGCAAACAAACAGUCCUUUCUUUUGUAGAAGAAGGCUCUAGCGAGUUAACGAAGGUGCAGUUUGCCAAAGAGUUUUCUCCUACCUCUGCUCUGAUUGGUGAAGAGUUCUCACCAAAACAGCCAAAAAUAUUUGUCAGUAGUAUGCAUAUAAAAGAAAUCCCACUGGUAACCACCCCAACUCUUGUUUCAACAGACAGCAUGAAGGAUAAAUUUCAACCUAGGUUGGUUGAUCGGACAAGAAUCCAAACAGGUGAUGAAAUGAAUUAUACACAAAAAAUAAUUUCUAGUGCUGUCAGAAGUGAAGAGGAUCAUAAAAAAAUUGAAUCAUUGUUAAAAACGGUUAAAGCAGAGCUGCAAGAAACCCAAGAGGGAACUACAACACCUGAUGAGAAGACAUUAGAAACCACGGGUUUUGUUUGGGAUGGGGGAGAUGACGAAUUAUCUGAAGAUAAAAUUACAGACAGUUCUCUAGCACCUCAAAACUUUAGUGUGAUUUAUAUGAAUGGUAAGGAAAAUGGAAUUAGUAUUAUAGAAGAACAGAAAUUUGGAACCACUACAGUAUCAGAUUUUAUAAUUGAUGUUGACAAAAAAUUAGAAGAUGCAAAAGGAGAAAUUGAAAGUAUAAAUGUGGAUAAAAUUGAUGAAGUGGGUCCAACUCAUCUGCCAACUCAUAACACUACAAAAAGAUUAGAAAUUAUCCAAACUGAGCAACUGGAGCAUAUUGCCUCUUAUGCAUCGAGUGAUAUUGAGACAGAUAUUACUGGAUCUGGUGAUCUGCCUUCAUCUUUAAUCCCAGUAACACUUGAGCCAAAAGUUGUCAUCAGCACAGCUGCCAUAACAGUUUCCUUGGAUAGAAUUGGGAAAGAUGUGUCUGAACCAGAGGUGACAAAGGACAUGUUGCCAUUAUUUAAGACCACAGUUUUACCUCAACAUGUAUCUGUUUCAUCCAUGGAUGGUAUAAGGAAAAAUGUGUCAAAAAUAAUUCCUGUUGAAGAAGAUGGUGACAUAUACACCUCAACUGUGCAAACUUCUAUCGAGUAUAUAGAUGGUCAAAGCACGCCUUCAGAAAAAUCACCAACUUAUCAAAUAGUCAAUGAUUCAAAGGCCCCUGUCAGUGAAGGAUAUAUUCAUCCUAUGACAGAACAUAAGGACAUUGAAGGCUCAACAGCAUCCAGUUUAUUACAAGAGGAAUUUUCUGGAGAUGAUUUUGUAAAUAUUGAAGAUAGAGCAUAUACCCAUUCACUGGAUAAGACUGCCCAAACACAGACUUCAUCUGAACUUGGUUUUGAUAUUGUUAACACAACAAAAGCAACUUCUAUUGAAAAGCAAGCUGUGACUUUAACAGAGCUGCAUACAGAAUAUGUAUCUGCUAAUAACUUUACUUCCUCUUCUAUAGAAGAAGGUAUAUCAAUAGAAUUGCCACACCAGAAGCAUGAAAAAGAAUUGGUGAGGAUUGCAACACUGGAACCAACAACACAGCAAAUUAAAUUAGAAGAGCCAGAAAGUUUGCCUUCACCAUCGAUCUUUGACUAUGUUUCUACAAAAGAAGAAAUUGGAGUAAGUCAAAUAAUGACACAAACAAUUGUUAGUCAGCAAGAAUUUUCAUCCACAAUGGACAAGAGAACUGAGGAGACUGUGUCUAAUACAAUGUCUUUGUUAGAUUUGAGUUCAAAAUUACAAUUAGCAGGAAGUUCUGCUACGGUCUCAACGCCAAUCAAAAUAUUUGAAAAAGAAUCACCUGUGCCACAAACAACCACUUCCCCGAGCACAGUGGGUGAAACUCCUUUAUAUGAUAUUCACAUACAUGCCUCAGAACACAUUACAGGGACUGUAUUGCCACCAGACACAGAUACUGCCAUGCCUGGAGAAGUAGAUGCAUCACCAGCACAGAAAAAUUACGUUGAAAUUUCUAAAGACACUUCAAUCAGUGCAACAUCUUUAAGGCCAGCUACAGAACAAAAGGAUCCUGAAAAGGAUAUUAAAGAAUCUGUUAAAGUCACAACAAUAUCAUCCUCUUUACAUGAGAACACUUCACAGCAGCUGGAACUAUUUGUGAAGCAAGAUCUCAAAGAUACAACAGUAGUGACACAUGCAAAAAUAAGUGAAUUAAAGACUCCUCCAUCAAUACCUACUUCACCUUUUGUAGGAGGGUCUCUAACAGAUGGCACCGACAUUCACACAGAUGAACCUCCUCCGUCACCCCUGGACAGAUCAGAAGAUGGAAGGUCUACACAAACACCUCAACUAUUGAUAAAGAGUACUGAUGAUUCGGGUAAAAUUAUCUUUCAUUUGGUACAAAUUGAUAACAAAACUACUGAAACUACAUUGGUGUCAACAGCUCACUCAAAGACCACCUCUGAAAUCGAAUCUCGGGAGCACAGUAAAACAGCUGAACCAAUGAUUACGGGUGUACCAGAGGAUGGUGAGACUGUUCAUGUACCAGUUCUGAUAGCACAAGUUAAUCCCUGUGAAAAACAUCCCUGCCAACAUGGAGGCAGUUGUUACCCUCGAGAAACAAGUUAUAUUUGCACCUGUUUGCCAGGAUUCACCGGGGAACAUUGUGAACUAGAUAUAGAUGAAUGUCAAUCCAAUCCUUGCCGUAAUGGAGCCACAUGUAUUGACGGUGCCAACUGUUUCAGUUGUAUCUGCUUACCAAGCUAUGGUGGUGCUUUGUGUGAACAAGAUACACAGGUGUGUGAUUUUGGCUGGCACAAAUUCCAAGGACACUGCUACAAAUAUUUUGGUCACCGGCGGGCUUGGGAAGAUGCAGAGAAGGAAUGUCGUCUGCAGGGUGCUCACUUGGCCAGCAUCCUCACACACGAAGAACAACUUUUUGUGAACCGUAUUGGCCAGGACUACCAAUGGAUUGGCCUAAAUGACAAAAUGUUUGAACAUGAUUUCCGUUGGACUGAUGGAAGCCCUCUGCAAUAUGAAAACUGGCGCCCAAACCAGCCCGACAGUUUCUUUUCUACUGGGGAGGACUGUGUUGUUAUGAUCUGGCAUGAAGAUGGCCAGUGGAAUGAUGUUCCAUGUAACUACCACCUAACAUACACUUGUAAAAAAGGCACAGUUGCCUGCGGUCAACCUCCUGUUGUGAAGAAUGCCAGGAUGUUUGGGAAAUUGAAACCUCGAUAUGAAAUAAAUUCCAUGAUCAGGUACCACUGCAGUGCAGGCUUUAUCCAACGCCACUUUCCAGUCAUUAAAUGUCGAACCAAUGGAUACUGGGAUAAACCAAAAGUCGCCUGCAUAACACCUUCAACGUAUCAGCGAAACUCCCGAAGGUAUAUUCACGGAUUAUACCGGAAAGGAAUGAAAAGUUCUCAAGAACCUAUCCGGCAUCAUCAUCGCUGGAUCAGGAAAUUCCAUUCAGGGCAUUGACUGCACCACUGAAUGGUGGGAAACUGUUCCUUGCAAUUCGAGCCACAUCUGAUCGAAACAGUGCCAUUAGUAACACAUUGGGAUGGGGAAUGUUUCUUAAAAGACAAAGCACAUCGGGAAAGAUCAAACAGCAGUGUCUUCAAAAAUGUGAUAAUUAAAAUAAUUGUAAAUCAUUCAUUUCAUGAUGAUUUGAAUACGUUAAAUUGAAUAGAAGCUGAGGCCCUGUUGUUUGUUCAUUGUAAUUUCAUUAUUUUAACAUUCAGCAUUUUACAGUUCAGCAAUUCUCAUGUUUUAUAAAUAUUGGACAACAUCUUUUAUUUAUGCGUGCAUAUACUGCACAUCUGUUUGCAGGAUUAUUUUAACAAUAUAAAAUAUUUUAGAGCAUUUUUGCACCUUUUCAUGUCAUUAGUUUUCUGUUUAUUACAUGUGGAAAUAGUUGCAUUUUUCAGCAGUUUCUUCAAACCGAUCAUAAAUUACCAUUUCACUUUACUGGGCUAAUUUUGACAUAUAUUUUAUAAAUUCAUUUCACUAUUUAUUACACUUAUUUGAGACAUAGGUUAAGUCGCCACAGUCCCAGAGGACUGCACUGUCAUUAGAGAGAGUCAACUUUGUAGUGGAUUAACCUGAGGAUCACCACACAAAGGGGUAAGGAUGCGAAGUGUUGGGGAGGGUACCUUAUUGGUAACCUCAGCCAGUGUGGAAACUGAACCCAUGCUGUUGGCCUUUACUAUACAAUGCAAACCAGCCAUCCAGCCAACUGAGUUAACUGACCCAUAGCUUGAUAUAUAUGAGAAAAUGAUUAGCUGUGGUUUCAGUGACCCCUAGUGGCUAUUUCAACUUACUUUCUUGCCACAUUUUACAUUGCUUUAAGUAGUCAUGUUAGACCAUAAGACAUAGGAGUGGAAGUAAGGCCAUUCGGCCCAUCAAGCCCACUCCGUAAGUGUUAAAUGUUAAGUGAACUGAAGGCGUUAACAUGCUGCUUUGUAGUAAUCUGGUGGUUGCACAAGCGUCAUUUUGAUUGCUGCUCCAAAUAUACUAUUCUGAUCACUAUAAUAAGCAGUUUUAGGUGAGCAGAAAGUAGAGGCAGUUAUAGUGCAUUAAUGUGAGUGAAACCUGUUUUUGCAGAACCUGGAUGAUUAAUUGUCUGAUUCCAAAACAUUGAACAUCCUCUUCCUCAAUCGAUCUCUCACUUCUACAGCUACAAGAUCCCUGUGUAUUGUAUUUCUAAGGAUGCAAGUUGGGAUCAAGCCCAGAGACUGCAUUGUGAAGCUGCUCUUUAACUCACCUGGAUACAAGCAAUCAGAAUAGCAAGUGCAAAAGGACGCUACAUGACCUUUCCAAAAACCGUUUGGUUCUUUCUGAGGUCACAAGUGCUAAUAUAUUAACUUUCUCAGAUAUGGCAGCUUUUUGCAACCCUCACUAACCAUACUACAAUAUGGAGCUGCCUUUUUCUAAGGGUGAAUAUAAACCUACUUUUUUUUUGUAAAAAAAAACAAAAAAAUAAAUUAAUUUUUGUAUAUAUAACCAUCUUAGUGCAUUUUUUAAAUGAAUGUUAAUGUCUGAAUGUGGCAGCUGUAUAGCAUAUGUUGGUCAUCACGUAUGGCAAUUUUAGUUUAAUUCUUGGGAUUUUAUUUACUUUGAAAGGAUGGGAUUGAGAAGAAAUGAACUAUAUAUUUUUGUAACAUUUCUGCUGUUAACCUUUGGGAAUCUCUAUAAAGCACCACCAGCUUUUAUAAUUUGCACUGUGGGAAAAGAUCUAAGUACAUCAGUUUGAUUCAGAUUUCAAUGCAAUAUGUUUUAUAUUCUCAGUCUAAUUUUCAUUCAUAUCUAUGGAUAUGUGUGGAAAGAUGGCAUAGAAACCACUUACAAAUUAUACUGAGAGGAGCCAAAUCCCAUUGAUUUAAAUCAUAGAGAGAUUAUGGCAGAAAGAAAGAAUUGAAUGACCUGGAAGUCCAAUGGUUAACAUGUGGUAAGAACAAAGAUCUCUUCUGAAAAUGAAAUUUAAUCUGGUCAGCAGUAAAUUUUUAAUUGCAGUAAGUUAAUUUCUGAAUAGACAAUAUGCUGGCUGCCUCACCCAUUUCUGUUUCCUCUUUUUAUAAGCAGCAACAAAAAUCACUCUGUAUGUUUUUUGCUUUAUAUUUCUUUACAAUGCACACAGAACAAUGCUGUAUUUAUAUUUUAACUUGUAUAGUGUAUAAUGUGAACGUUUGGGACUUUGUGAAUGAAAUACUGAAAACCUUUUUGUUACUUUUUUUAUUUGCUGUGGUUCACCAAAGAAACCAAAACAAAUUUUGAUCAUGCUGUUUCUAUUUCCAUGCAUUAGUCCUACUGAUAGAACUGACUUGAAGAGCAUUAUUAAAAAAAAUUGAAGCCUUUGGCUAUAUUGCAA